AUGGCAGAGCCACGUGUUGGGCUGCUGUGGGACUUGGAUGUGGUCAGAUGCCAGCUGGCACAAGCAGACGUGAUGAGGAUUUGCGAUCUGGCUGAUUCAAGUGGUGGUGCUACAACCGCUGCUGCUACAGCCGCUCGAGCGACCACCUCUCGUGCUUCCACAGCCACUGGUGCUACAGCCGGUGGUGGUGGUCCCAAGCCCUUCUUCUGGUGGUGCUGCUGGCAGUGCAGCGCGUGUUGGGCCGCCUACCGCCGCUGCCUCGCCAUGGUCGUAUUCCUCGUGCUUAUAGCGAGGCUUCCCCGUGCAGUCACACUCUGGCGCCUGCACAUGAGGUCCUGCUACAAUGUCCUCCCCGCCCUGGCGAAUCUGCUGAACGCGGGGAGGCAGAUCAAGGGGGUGGGGGGAAGGCAGGCCGAGAGGCAGACGAGUAGGCAGGUGGGUAAGGGGGGAGGGAAGCAGGCGAGUGGAAAUGCGGAGGAGGAUUGCUUUGGAUCGAUCCUGGUGCAGGUGCUUGGGGUGAAAGGGAAGAAGGAACUGGAGUCGGGCUUUGCUGCUCAUGUGCUGCCGCUUCUGCCGGGGGGGAGACGGGCGCAUGGAGGUAUGAGAGGGGGGGCGGGGAGUGGAGGAGGGGGAGGUGGAGGAGGAGGGACUGGUUCAGUGAAAGGAGAAGAGUGGAGGGAGGGGUUGAGAGGGGUGGAGUGGGAUGAGUAUGUGGAGCGGAUGGGGGAGAUUAUCUCCCAUGGAGGGCUGGAAGCUGAACAGUACAGGUGCAGCUGCAGGCAGUGCGGACGAGAACACGAGGGCGCAGGGGGGAGUGGGGAUAGUGCUGCUGGUAAUGGUGGUGGUACUGCGAGUGGCAUGGUCAUAACUGGUGUUGACCCGACUGACUUUGCUCUCCGAGCUGCGUUCGCACUCUGUAUGCCGCGCUUUGCCAUCUACGGCGUUAUGGCGUUUACCGGGGCGUGCAGUAACAGGUACAAAGAUCGUGUGGAGGACGCUGCUGUGGAGGCAGCCAGGCAGCAGCUGGCAGAGAGGCUCGCAGAGAGAGCAGAGGAGUCUGGAAAGGGGAGUGUGGUGGAGGGGGGAGAAGGAGUUAGCAGUGAGAACAAAGCGGAUGAUCUCAAAUCAGAGAAGCUAGCAACAGCAACAGCAGGAGGAGGAGGGAUAGCAGCAGCAGCAGUUUCUUCCCCUUCUCCCCGUCCUGCUCCAUCUGCUGCUGCUCCCCCUGUUGCUGCCACCGGUGCAGCAAGCAGAGCUGCCCGCCUCGUGCCAGUCAUCAGUGACCCAGCAGUGGCACUCUUCACGUACCGAGCUGCCUGUAUCCUUCAGUGGAUGCGCGUUCAAGGCCCCAGGCUCAACCCCCCCAGCUACUGCACCCGAACCAACCCGGAAGCCCCAGCCCUGGCGCUCCCGCACCCGGCGCACGAUCUCCCGAGCCUGCUGGUCAGGUUCGGCGCCAUCCCCAAGCCGGUGGGCGCGGCAGAAGGUUUGGCGGGUUGUGGAGGAGGAGUUUGGGGGUGGGAGGAGUUCCCAGUGGGGGACAGAGAUGCUCUGAAGGCGCAUGGCUGUGGCCUUGCCCUGGGAGGCACGGAAGGGUUUCCGGGAUCUGUGUUUGACUGGGAGGAGAUGCUGAAGGAAUUCAAUGUGGUGGCUGCACAGGGUCUGCAGGAACAUGGGGCAGUGAGAAGCGCAGCCACCACGAGCGCAGCAGAGGGCGUGCAGGAGUAUCGAGCUGCUAGGGCUCUGAUUGACAGCAGCACACACACUCCCGCGUUUCCGACCCUCGCGGACCGCGUCGAGGAGUUUCUGAGAAGGUUCUCGCCGAAGCGGCAGGCGAAGGAGGGGCGUGGCGGGCCACUGGCCCGAGCAAUCACCGACUCGGUGCUACGACUCCACCUGGUGGGGGCAGAGACUAGCAGCAGCGGUGUCAGCAGCAGCAGCAGCAGCACUAGCAGGGGAGUAAAGGGAGGGAAAAGGGAUAUGAGCUGGGCGGCGCUGGCCCUGGGGGUGUAUUCCCCAGGCAAGUUAAAGCCCAUGCUGAGAUCCCCCCGGGAGGUGGAUGCGUUUCUGGAGUUCAUGGCGGCCAUGACCACCCUCACGCCCGCCUGCAACGCCUGCCAGUUCUGUCUCAACGUGUUCAACCAGUCUGUCACCCCCGCCGCCAUUGUUGCCUCCUUCGCCUUCCGCCCCUCCUCGGCGCUCCUGCGCUGCUUCCUCUCGGUCUACAGCCAGCACUCCUCUCAGGUGAGAAUUCUCCCGGAUAGAUAG